CGUCGAGGCCGGAGUGCGGUUUCUGUUCUUCCUGCGUUCGCCGCUGCCACAGUCACUUGACAAUGCAGAUCUUUGUGAAAACCUUAACGGGUAAAACUAUCACCCUUGAGGUGGAGCCCAGUGACACCACUGAGAAUGUCAAGGCCAAGAUCCAAGACAAGGAAGGCAUCCCCCCUGACCAGCAGAGAUUGAUCUUUGCCGGGAAGCAGCUGGAAGACGGCCGCACCCUGUCCGACUACAACAUCCAGAAAGAGUCCACCCUGCACUUGGUCCUGCGUCUUACAAGGGGAAUGCAGAUCUUCGUGAAGACCCUGACCGGGAAGACCAUCACCCUCGAGGAAGAGCCCAGUGACACCAUUGAGAACGUCGAGGCCAAGAUCCAAGACAAGGAAGGCAUCCCCCCUGACCAGCAGAGAUUGAUCUUUGCCGGGAAGCAGCUGGAAGACGGCCGCACCCUGUCCGACUACAACAUCCAGAAAGAGUCCACCCUGCACCUGGUCCUGCGCUUGAGGGGUGGUAUCUUAAGUACCUCCUUUCAAGCUUUCAAGAAAUUUCAUUGCACUUUUCUUUCAAUAAAAUUGUUGCAUUCCAAAAAAAAA